GAAUCCAUCAGAGAAGAGGACAGAGUCUGACAAAGGAUUACAAAAUGACCUCCAAAACAAGUGUCUACCGCAAGAUGUUCGUAGAAAAACCCAUCCGGACCACUUCGGGUAUUCGCUCGUACUCGUCUGUGAAACCGGGGCGAAGCAUCGUUCCUUCUUACUCCAGGGUCAGCUACACGGUACCGAUCAAGGCACAGAGCACACGGCGUUUGAGGAGCAGCGCUCCCUCAGCGGCCAUGAGCAACAGCCUCAACUUCUCCCUGGUGGAAGCCAUGAACUCGGAGUUCAAGACCAAUCGCAGCAAUGAGAAAGCCGAGAUGAUUGAGCUGAAUGACCGUCUGGCCGGCUUCCUGGAGAAGGUGAGAGGGCUCGAACACCAGAACAAGAUGUUGCUGGUCGAGCUCGAACAGCUGAAAGGGAAACCCCGGUCCAGGAUUGGGGACAUGUACGAACUGGAGCUGAGGCAACUGCGGCAGCAGAUUGACCAGAUCAACAACGAGAAGUCCAGAAUCGAGGUGGAAAGAGACAACCUGGUCGACGAUCUCCAAAAGCUGAGGGAAAAGUUGCAAGAUGAAAUUCUUCAGCGGGAGGAGGCUGAAAACAAUCUGGCAGCUUUCAGACAGGAUGUGGAUGAUGCCUGUCUGGCACGCUUAGAUCUGGAACGUAAAGUUGAAUCACUGCAGGAAGAAAUUAUGUUCUUAAAGAAACUACACGAAGAGGAAGUUAGUGAAUUACAAGCUCAAAUCCAAGAAUCACAGGUCAAGGUUGAGAUGGAUAUGGUCAGACCUGACCUUACUGCAGCACUCCAUGAAGUUCGUUCUGAGUUUGAUAAGCUUGCUGCUAAGAACAUUGCUGAAACUGAGGCAUGGUACAAGUCCAAGUUGGCGGAUGUGAAUGAUUCUGCUGCUCGCAAUAAUGAUGCUCUUCGCACAAUGAAACAAGAGAAUGGUGAUUACCGCAGACAAAUCCAGACACUGACCUGCGAUAUUGAUGCACUUAAGGGAACGAAUGAAUCUCUUGAGCGCCAGAUGCAGGAAAUGGAAGAACGUUAUGCUUUGGAGGCAAAUAAUGCCCAGGAAACCAUUGCCAACCUUGAAGAUGAGAUUGGUAACUUGAAGGAUGAGAUGGCCCGUCAUUUGCAAGAAUACCAGGAGCUACUGACUGUAAAGAUGGCUCUCGAUAUUGAGAUUGCAACCUACAGGAAAUUGCUGGAGGGUGAGGAAAACAGGAUUUCUAUGCCUCUGCAAUCAUUUGGUUCUCUGAGUCUUGCUGAUGCCAUGUAUGAGCAGCAGCCAACUGAUGUUCAAAUGUCAAGGAAGAAUGUUGUCAUCAAAACAAUUGAGAGCAGAGGCGGAGAUAUAAUCAGCGAAACUACCCAGAGAAUUGAAGACUGAACCUACACUUCAGUCCAAGAAUGCUCUUUCAUGUGCAUGGAAGCUGAUGCUGAUUAAGAAAAUUGCUUGACAAGAAUGUCCUUCCUCCUUUUAAUCACCAAGAAAAUUGUUGGCUUUAAAGUGCCUUUCUGAUUGAAUUGAAGAGCACCAGAUUCAAUAAAGUUGUGUUGUAAGCUGAGUAGAAAAGUAAAUGGCUUUAAAGAAGGUUUAAUCACAGUCUGUUUACAGAAAGAGUCUCUAGUUUACAAUUGCACAAUGAUAAAUAGCAAUACUUCAUUCAUCAGUUUUGAAUCUUUAUUUACAGGUUCAGAAUCUCAGUUGCUUUAUUCUUCCCCAGCAAUUACACGUAAGCAAGCUCUAAUAAAACUUUGAACAAACCCCUAA